AUGAUAAAAAUAAAACCCGGUGGAGAGCUGUUAAAUUACUAAUUCUUAUAGGUAAUUCUUGUUUUAUAUUUUGAAGGUUCCACAAUGUAAUAACUGUGGUACUUAUAUUAGCAAUCUUACUAUAAUAAAAAAAGAUCAAUGGCAAUGCUAAAUUUGCAAACGAUUGUUAAAAUUACCAGUUUGGUAUAAGCAAUAACCUAUUUAAUUUGAUAACUUUGAGAUUGGAUUAAUACAUCCAACUUUUAGUAGAAAAGCUCUUUUUUUAAUUGACGUGACUUCUUUAGUUUUAUGUCGUAUGAUUAUUCCAUUAAUAGAGUCAUCUCUUAAUUAAUUUGAUGAAGUAAUAUUUAUUUAUUUACAUUAAGAUUGCUUUGAUUCCUUGUACUCCACAUCCUACUAUUAUACAAUUUAUCAAUAAUAAGGUCAAUAUCAUAACACUUACUUCAACUGAUCAAGAAUGUAAAUUAGAACUUUUCUAUAAUUGUUAAACUUAAUUCCAAAAAAUUAGACGUAUUUGUAGAAUUAUUGAAUCUCUUGCUUAAUAUAAUCAUAAUGCAAAUGUUUUAAAAUCUAAUUAUCCUAUUGAGAUAGCUUAAUCAUUUUUAAAUAGAUUAUUAGAAUAUUAAUCAAUUAAAAUUAUACAUUUCUCUUGGAUACAUUAAUUUAUUAAACCAGAAUCUAAACCUCAAAUUGAUAUAAAAAUUGGAAAAAAUCAUUAUCAUUUAUUUAUUAUUCAAUAAUCUUCUUGUGAUAUUUACAAUUAUUAUUCUGAAAUUGUUAGAAAUCUUCAUGGAAAAUGUUAUGUGUAUAAUGAUGAAGAUUGUAAUAUAUAUAUUUUAUAAAUUUAUAGUGGACACUUUCUACAAUGAAGUAGAAACAUUUUUCUAAAGUUAAUUUUGUUGGGAAGCAUAAAUUUAGAUUAAUUUACCUUAAGGUUGGAAAGUUUAGAAAUUCUAAAAUUUAACUACAGAUUCUAAUUAAUUCUAUAUACCUUAUUUAACAACGUAAGAUGAAUUAUCAAUUGAAUUAAUUUAAGAAGCUAAAUAAAAACCAAAAGAAAAUUUAGUAUAAACGAUUAUAACUUACAAAUCAAAUACAUAAAAACAUAUUUGUGUUGCGAAUGAAUAAAUUUCAUUAUGA